GCAGACAGAUUCCAAAAACCCUCUACAGCGCUCGUAGCCAUUCACCCAGUCCUUUUCAGAUCAUUUGCAGCUCAGACGGAAUUUAAAUUGUGACUAACUUGCUUUUACAGUCUUUCUUUAAUUCCCUGAAAGCUCCUAGAAACUCCUCUAACAAUAAAAUGCUGCCUGCAACUUUUAAGCUGUGUGCUGGCAUCUCCUAUCGGCACAUGAGGAACAUGACAGGAAUCAGAAGAAAUGCCAUGGUGGCCAUUCAUCAUGAGCUGAAAAGACUAGCAGGUCCAGACCCCAGUAACUGGAUCAGCCAAGUCCGCAGACGAAGCUCCCUUCUCAGUUCUCGGAUCGAGGAGAGCAGCUACAGCGAGACAGAGAUGUCUUACGUGAAGCAGGGCGAGGAUGCGUUGCAGAAGGCCAUCAGCAUCCUCAGCGAGCAGGACGGCUGGACCAUUGAAACUGUGGCUGCGAAUGGAGAUAAGGUCCUGAGCAAGGUGUUGCCUGACAUCGGGAAGGUGUUCAAGCUGGAAGUGAUGCUGGAGCAACAUCCUGACAAUCUUUACCAAGAGCUGGUGGGGAAUAUGGAGCAGAUGGGCGAGUGGAACCCUAAUGUCAAACAGGUCAAAAUUCUUCAGAAAAUCGGCCAGGACACAAUGAUUACUCAUGAAGUAUCUGCAGAGACACCUGGAAAUGUGGUUGGCCCAAGGGACUUUGUCAGUGUCCGCUGCGCCAAACGCCGAGGCUCCACCUGCUUCCUGGCUGGAAUGUCCACUCAGCACCCGAAAAUGCCUGAGCAGAGCGGUGUAGUCAGAGCGGAGAAUGGGCCAACUUGUAUUGUUAUGAAGCCCUGUGCUGAAGACCCCAAUAAGACCAAGUUCACUUGGUUACUAAGUAUAGAUCUAAAGGGCUGGAUCCCGAAGACAAUCAUAAACAGAGUGCUCUCUCAGACGCAGGUGGACUUUGCCAACCACCUCAGGCAAAGAAUGGCUAAUAAUGUUUCUAUGGAGAUGGCUCAUGCCUGCUGACACAAGAAGCCUCUUGAGCUUUGGCACAGUGUGCUCAACGGUGGCAGAAGCAGCAACCCCAGCUCAUUAGAAAAUCAUAGAAAUCUGCUUACAACCUAAGGAUUGUGGAGAUCAGAUGAUGUUGUGCUUUUCUGAGAUCUUAAUAACGCCUUAAUAGAAAUGUGAGUUUUUCUCGACCCCAAUAAUAGAAAAUCUGUUAUAGGGUUUAACGUAACUGACAUGAAUCUGCACCUUGAGUGUUUCUGAUUGUAGUCAUUUUGGCCUGGUCUGGUCUUUUGAAAACAAAUGUAAAGAAAGAUUACACUGUUAGUGUUCUGUUACUCGUGAAAUGUAGAUGACAAACCAAACAGACUAUAAUCUCUAUCACUGUUAUUAUUUAAUUACUAUGUUAUACAAAUUAUAAAAUGGCAACUUAAAAGUGCUUCAGUCUCCCAGUUAUAAAAAGGAGUAGGAGCCUGUUAAAUAACAUGGCCAACUUUCACACAUUACCAUGGCACAGAACACGCUCAUCUGCAAAGGUGCCAAAACUAGCAAACAGUAUCUUGCAGUCUAAAUCUGAUUUAUGACAAGUGUCAUCAGUGCAAGCACGUAAAACACUAAAUUCUAUAGCACUCCAAUUAUCCUUCCCUCUGCUGUGAAAUCGCACUUGCAUUUUCAAUGUUUUAUUUAUUGUUGCUCAGGUGCAUUGCAUUAACGAGACUGCCAAGUGAAUAAAUGACAGCGGUGUCACUGAUAUUUAUAUAUUUUUGCUCAUAUUGUUCUGUUGGAGAAUGAUUUGUCCAUCCUAUUCUGAUGCACGAGAACUCAAAUAAAAUCACUUUCCGCCUUUUA